CUCUGCCUAGACCUGCCGUUUACCUGCGGGGUCUGGCGGGGAGGCGUCUCGGAUGCGUCCCGCUCGUCUUGCCGCGGUGCGGAGCGCGCCUUCACGGAGAUCGGAAGCACUCACGCGGCAGAGUGGGACCCGCCCGGGGUCAGCGGUGCCCGUAGCCACAUUCUUGGAAAUCGACGUGGCAUGCAGUGCAUUUUUUUCUUGACCCGAAACAGUAUCAGUGUUCCCUCUCACGCGCCUCCGAACUGCUCCUUUCGCUCCUGGAAUGAAAACACCAGGAAGCCUGUCAGAAACUGAAUUUCUAGGGUUGUGAGAAGUCACCAGACAGCAGUGCAAAAUGUCAACUGCAGGAGUUGCUGCUCAGGAGAUGAGAGUCCCAUUAAAAAAUGGAUUUCUGCACACCAGUCAAGGUCUGGGGAGCCUGAAAGCCUGCUGGGGUAGCCACGGUGCAUUUGAAAAUGCUUUCUUUAAUGUGGAGCCUCUAGCAGUGGCGUAUAACCUGCGCCCGUCGGAGCAGCCUUUGCCGUCUGUGGGGCACUCUUCCAACCAUGCUUCCAUGAACAACUACAGCUUUGCUGACGGUUGCAUCCAAGUCCCAUCUCAGAAAUCCAGUCCACCUCCUGUAAGUCCCAAAAAUGAACAGCCAAUUUCAAGAUAUGAAGACCCUCUCAUUCCUGGCUUUAGUAAGCUGUCAUUAACAAUGGGCUGCGUUUCUGAAGAAAUACCUCCUCACAUGCCAGUAAAAACAGGGCCAGUUCAGUUUCUGCCUGCAUCUUCCAGUGAUCGCAGUUCCAGGCCACUACCCCCCCUGCCAGUUUCUGAAGACGUUGCUCCAGAUGAGGUUGACAAAGAAGUGGAAUUCUUGACUAGCUCAGAUACUGACUUUUUAUUAGAAGAUCAUGAACUUACUCCUUUUAAAUCCAGCGCUCCAAGCCGACGGAGCUUUAGGGGCUGUGGACAAAUCAACUAUGCAUACUUUGAUACUCCAACAGGACCAAAACCAGAAGAUGCCAACCCUACACAAAGCCUAAGUGGAUGUGUAUCCAGUAUUUAUCCCCCUCCACAGCAGCUGCAUCGCCGUUUGCGAAGGUCUCAUUCCGGGCCAGCUGGAUCUCUUAAACCUGUAGUAAGACUAUCUGGACACUUAAACAGGUCUUCUCCAAACUCUGACGAAGAUAAACCAGAGGUUCCACCAAGGGUUCCCAUACCUCCAAGGGCUCUCAAACCGGAUUACAGAAGGUGGUCAGCAGAAGUUGCUUCUAGUGCAUACAGCGAUGAAGACAGGCCUCCGAAAGUGCCGCCAAGAGAACCUUUGUCACGCAGCAAUUCCCGUACACCCAGUCCCAAAAGCCUGCCCUCAUACCUCAAUGGGGUUAUGCCCCCCACCCAGAGUUUUGCACCUGAUCCUAAGUAUGUCAGCAGCAAAGCUCUACAAAGACAGAGUAGUGAAGGAUCUUCCAACAGGAUCCCUUGCAUUCUUCCAAUUAUUGAAAAUGGCAAGAAGGCCAGUUCAACACACUACUAUCUGCUUCCUGAAAGGCCUCCCUAUUUGGACAAGUAUGAGAAAUUCUUCCAAGAAGCAGAGGAAAGUAGCUCUAACACAGAGGUUCAGUCCUGGUCUGGUGACUGCACAGCCACUUCAGUCCCAGCAAAACUGGACUCAAAAGCUAGGAUGGACAUUGCUGGUCAUCUGAAACGAAAACACUUGUCUUACGUGGUUUCCCCAUAGUCUCUGGGAGCACAGUCUCAGCUCAGUUGUUCAGGAUGGAGCUGAACAUUAUGAUGUUACAAAGUUCUUAAGGUUCUCAGAUAAUGAAGUAGGACAGUUUUUCCUCUGAGAACUGGAAGGGGGGUGGUGAAGUCCUCUUAUGCUGCAUAUCUCUGAUAUGUUUCUUAAGACUGUUCUUUGUUGUUAUGUGUGGCUGAAAGUCUACAAACAUUCUGCAGAAACAUAUGGAGGGAUAGUAGUCACAGUUGGCCAGUUGUAUGCUACCUAGUCUGAUCGUAUUUGGUAGUCACGUUAUUAAAAAAAAAAAAAAAAUAGCUUUGCUUACAAGUCACAUAUGAAGCUGACAAAAGAGCAGAUAAUGCAGUACAGUUUGUAUCAGGCAUUUCCAAAAUUUCCUUCACACAAUAACCUUGCAAGAACAGACUGUCCUCUUUGACUAGGGUAUGCUAACAUGGUGAGAAGAUAACUGCAAGAUCUGAUAUCCACUGCAAGACUUGGCAAGCAUGUUGGAAGCAUAUUUCCAAAGAUAAAUCUAUUUUACAACUGAAUUUGACACUGACAGACUUUUAAAGUGAGUUUGGUUUUGUGAAUUCUUUCAGUUGCUAGACACACUUGGCUCAGUUUUGCAGUUCUUCCUAGGAGAGACAUGGACCAGCUAUCGCUAUGCCUCUGCUGCUGCUCUUUUCCUGCUGGAUCCUAGCAAUGUGUGAAAGUGCCCUAAAAGUGGCAGAGGACACGAGCAGCUAUGUGGUUGCUAAUAGGUAGGGAGUAAGAACUACAUGUCCACCUAGAGCCUGAAAUUCUGAUUGUAUUAAAUACAGCACAAGCUGGUCUUGUGUUUUGGCUUCUAUUCAGUAUUUUAGGGGAGAAAGAGGAGGGUAUGAGGAAAAAACAUGAUCCCGUUUAUGAACAGUGUCAGUCCCAUCUCUCACUGCUUCAGAUGCUGCUUCUUGCUGUUCAGUUUUUCCUCAUUGUGCCUCAGCGAUCCAUGAAAGUUCAGUGAGGUGCCACAUUCAUGAAUUAGCAGUUUCUCCUGCUCAUUUUGAUUACAUUUAUCCUCUUACAAAUAAGCACAAGAGAAGGGGUGCUCAUUAAUGGAAGUGCAGAAGAUGAAUGUGUUCCUCCUAACAGAAAUAGACAAGCCGUUUACAGUUUAAACUGCUGAAUGAGAUGUUUGAGCUAUUUUAAAGCUUACUUUUUAUUUGUUUUAGUACAAACUAAAUGAAGGUGAAACAUGCUAUAGAAAUGCACUGAUAUUUCUGCAUUGUGUACAGUAUUGAAAAAAGAAUUAACUUUGUAUUUUGAGUAUUGUGUUGAGUUUAAUAAAGUUAUAAAAUAUUUAUGGUA